AUGGUGAAGAUGCUGAGCCGGAACCCGGACAACUAUGUCCCCGAAACCAAACUGGACUUAAAAAGAGUUCCAAGAAACUAUGAUCCUACCUUACAUCCUUUUGAGGUCCCACGAGAAUAUGUAAGAGCUUCAAAUGCUACCAAACUGGAACGGGUAUUUGCAAAACCAUUCCUUGCUUCUCUGGAUGGUCACCGAGAUGGAGCCAAUUGCUUGGCAAAGCAUCCAAAGAGCCUGGCUACUGUCCUUUCUGGGGCAUGUGAUGGAGAGGUUACAAUUUGGAACUUGACUAAACGGAAAUGUAUCCGUACAAUACAAGCCCAUGAAGGUUUUGUACGAGGAAUAUGUACUCGCUUUUGUGGGACUUCUUUUUUUACUGUUGGCGAUGACAAAACUGUGAAGCAAUGGAAAAUGGAUAGACCGGGCUACGGAGAAGAGGAAGAACCAUUACAUACAAUAUUAGGAAAGACAGUGUAUACCGGAAUUGAUCAUCACUGGAAAGAAGCUGUUUUUGCCACAUGUGGACAGCAAAUAGACAUUUGGGAUGAACAAAGAACAAGUCUUAUCCGUUCAAUGACCUGGGGAUUCGACAGUAUAAGUAGUGUUAAAUUUAACCCAAUUGAGACAUUUCUCUUGGGAAGUUGUGCUUCUGACAGGAAUAUAGUACUAUAUGAUAGGAGGCAAGCUACUCCUCUGAAAAAGAUCAUCUUAGAUAUGAGAUCAAAUACAAUUUGUUAGAACCCUAUGGAAGCUUUCGUUUUUACUGCAGCAAAUGAAGAUUACAACUUGUACUUUGAUAUGCAUGCGCUGGACACUCCUGUAAUGGUACAUAUUGAUCACGUGUCUGCGGUGCUUGAUGUAGAUUAUUCUCCCACUGGGAAAGAGUUUGUGUCUGCUAGUUUUGAUAAAUCUAUUCGUAUCUUUCCUGUGGACAAAAGUAGAAGCAGGGAAGUCUAUCACACAAAGAGAAUGCAACAUGUUAUCUGUGUAAAAUGGACUUCUGACAGCAAAUAUAUUAUGUGUGGAUCUGAUGAAAUGAACAUUCGUCUGUGGAAAGCUAAUGCUUCUGAAAAAUUGGGUGUGCUUACAUCACAAGAAAAAGCAGCCAAAGAUUAUAAUCAGAAGUUGAAGGAGAAAUUUCAGCAUCAUCCACAUAUAAAACGCAUUACUCAUCACCGGCAUCUACCAAAAUCUAUCUACAGCCAGAUCCAGGAAGAGCGGAUCUUGAAGGAAGCUCGCCAACAAAAGGAGGUGAAUCGUCUCAAACAUAGCAAGCCUGGAUCUGUGGCAAUUGUGUCAGAGAAGAAGAAACACGUAGUGGCAGUUGUGAAAUAAUACUUGGUAUUCCUACCAAUCCUGAUGUAUAAUUAUUUGUUAUAU